CACUGAAUGGAGAGAGGGCUGACUCUCCCUCUCUCUGAACAACUCACAGGCUGCGUGCCACUGUCUUUACGCGGGAGCAUAGCGGCUCAGUGGAAUACGGUCUUUGCGCUUAGAGGGUUUACGGAAUACGUUUUUACUUUUUUUAUCCGAGGCUUUUCCUGUUUGUUAUUUAUUCUACAAUAGCUUCACUUUAUCCGAGAAGUAUCGGAGCGCGACUUUUAUUUUCCAUUAAAGUCCAGAACAACACUUUUAUCUUGGAUCUACCACACGUCCCAUUCGAAAUGGUGGUCGGUAGGAGAUCGUGUUGGAAGCAAUUGCAGGCUGCUUUUUUCAGGCUCCUAUGUCUCAUUCCUACAGGGUUCCCGGUGCGAAGUGUGGAUAUGCAGCGGGCGAGUGCGACUGACAACAUUACCAUCCGGCAGGGUGAUACAGCGGUAAUCAGGUGUUAUGUGGAUGACAAGAUAUCCAAAGUGGCCUGGCUUAAUCGCUCCAACAUCAUCUUCGCCGGCUCCGACAAGUGGUCCUUGGACCCGAGGGUGGACCUGGUGACCAAAGGCCAGCUGGAGUACAGCCUGCGCAUCCAGAAGGUGGACGUGUAUGACGAGGGCUCCUACACCUGCUCCAUCCAGACCAAACAGCAGCCCAAGACCUCCCAGGUCUACCUUAUCGUCCAAGUUCCUGCAAGCAUUUACAAGGUGUCAGAGGACAUCACCGUGAACGAGGGGAGCAACGUGACGCUGAGUUGUCUGGCCGACGGGAGACCAGAUCCGGUUAUUAACUGGAGACUGCUCAAUCCAUCAGCGGAGCCUUUAGAUGGUCUGGAGUACCUGGACAUCAUCGGGAUCCGGAGGAACCAGGCAGGGCGCUACGAGUGUAAAGCCAGCAAUGAUGUCGCCACACCGGACGUCAAAUACGUCAAUGUCAUUGUCAACUACCCCCCCGCCAUCAAGACCGCCAAGAGCUCGGAGACCCAGGUGGGCCGAAUGGGGGUCCUGCAGUGUGACGCUGCAGCGGUCCCCACACCAGAGUUCGAGUGGUACAGGGACGAAAAGAGGCUAUCUAAUGCCCAAGGAAUCAGUAUCCAGAUCGUGGGCACUACCACCGUGCUGAUGAUCUCCAACGUCACGGAGGAGGACUAUGGCAACUACACGUGCGUGGCCACCAACAGACUGGGCAUCCAGAACGCCAGCCUCUUCCUCUAUAGACCUGGGACUGGGCGCGACAUCAGCGGUGCCGCCUGUGUAUCCCACUCACUGUGGCUCCUCCUAGCCUCCAUGGCCUGCCUUCUCUUUAAGUGUUAAUAAAACCAACCUCCACCACCCACCACUACCCUGUUAAUACCGUUAUUACUACCUUAGUACUACCUUAUUACAUCCAGACUGUUUUCAUUAUGUAACAAGAGCCCUUGAUCUGCGUGCUCAGAUGCACCGCAUGGAUAAACACAAAAAAUAUGAUAACAUGGACCAGUUAUUAAUACAUUUUGAGAAAUUGGGAAUUAGAACAAAAAGCCCUUGUUUAAAAUGGUUGUUAUUAUUAUUGAUGUUAUUAUUAUAUUAAUUGCUGUUUUACAUGCAGCUGAAACCUUCUGCUUCUUUUGCUCUAAAUCUAUCUUCUUUUUGGUGGAGGGUUCGGUGGGUGUGUAAGGUUUGUUGUAUUUUUGUCCACAUAAGAAAAUACUUAUUCAUAGCUGGAAUUUCAGGUCUAUAACAACAAUCACUGACAUGUAUAAAGAAGCACUGAAUGGUGUUUCAAAAAGAUUUCCUGUUACAUUCAUUAGGUACACCUACUUAUGUAUCGUUAGACUUAAAGGUCAAUGUAACCAGUGCUUUAUCGAGCAACAAGAAAGUAUCUGCCAAAUAUAAAAAAAACAUAAAACAAAACCGAACAUUUAAAAUGAAAACAUACCUGCAGAAGCCUAUGAAACAGAUGAUGUUAGAGGUAACUUACUGCAUAGAUGCAUCACUACUCCAGUCAGCAGUAGUGUCAGUGGAUCCCACACGAUCUCUCACGCUUGCCGUUUGCUUCACCAGAUUUAGUUAAAUCAGAACUUGCACAAGCCUCAGAAACACCACAGAGCACCAGGAACACAGUCUGCCCUUGUCCGAGUGGGCCUCCUCAUGUCCAGGUGGCCUCAACUGUGUGCUCAUUGCUGCUGUGUACGAACGAUUGGGUUCCUGUACACUAGCCUGGGGUUAGCUGUGGUCCAUGCUCAGUCAUAAUACCCAAACUGCAGCCUGAGGCUCUUACCUGUUCUGAAAUAAAAAGGGAAAAAUGUUCUCUCUUUUCAAGACUCAGCAAGCAAAACAAUAGGUAGUAUAAAAAAAUCAUACUGUACAUUGUACACAAUUUUGUAUCUCUACGAUAAAAUAGACACUUGUUGCACCACAGUAACGAGGAAUAGUGAGGAUUAUUACAGUGUAGGUUUGCCUCUGAUUACAAACCAAGGGUAAGCUCUGUUUCUCUAUAGCAGACUGUAUCCAACUUCAUAUAAACCAUACUUUUGCUUUGUUGAGUUUGUCAAAUCUUCUCUGCUUUAUUGUGAGUAUACCAACAUGCACCAGGAUUCAACUGCUGUUAUUUGGAUCAAAAUGUAUGACACCAAUGAAUGACGUGCUUAUAUUUUCUGUUUUAAAAGUAUGUGUGUUUUCAUGAGAUUCAGAAAUUCAUAAUAUAUGGACCUUUAUUUUUUUUGUUCAAUCAUUUGCAGUUUAAUGGUGUAUAUAUACUUGAAUCCAAUUUCCUUCUAUAAAAAGACAAAUUUAAUGUGUCCAUGUUUAUAAAUAGGUUAGUAAUCUGUUGAAGAUGAACUUGUAGUUUGCCAUGGGUGCAGCAAUCUGUCGCCCAAUGUAAGUAAUGACCACUAGAUAAAAAUGUUUUUAAAAAGGGUUUAAUAUUAAGGUCAUUUUGUGCGUCUAUUGUACCUUUCGAUUGACAACCAAUUUUGUUUGGAAGUGGAGUGAAGGCUUGUGGUAUUUAAUUGUCAUCAAAGGCCUACUUUAGGACAGUGUGAGAUUAAUACUGAGAGGACUAAACUGUACCCAAUCCCACUCUGAAUUGUUGCUCAGGCAAGAUAGCCUGUUAGCCCGUUAGCACGUCUGUGUAACACUGAAGACACACCAGUGGUGUUGACAAGACUAAACUAGAGACAGUAAUUUACUAUAAAACAUGUAAUUAAUCCUCACUGAAAACUCAUCUUCCUCAUAAUCAUUAAAAAAAUCAUACACACCAAAUGUGUUCAUAGUACCUGCUUUGACUCCAUGGCUGUGUGUUAGUUAGCCAGUGCUCUCUUCAUUUUUUCCAGUCAAGUUUCUACUGUCUCAACAGACUAAUAUUGUACAGCCUUGAAGUAUUAUAAAACAUAUGGGCCAAUUACAGAAAACAUUAAUGUAACAUUUGGCACUUACAGGACUAAUCUAUCAGUUUUAAAUCAAGUGUACCCAAGUCUUUUACAGUAUUUGCAAAUAAUAAUUGACCACAUUCUGUUAGGAAGAGGGUCUGUGCCAGCUCUGGAAAGUUAUCUACAUAUAAUUACUAGUUCAGCCAUCUUCCUGUAUGAAGGAAACCCUAUUCUUAAGACUCAUCCGAUACAACCAUAUAUCACUAACAAAUAGGUCAUUCUGGUUACCAAACCACCUCUUCAUGAGUUAUCACCAAACCACCAAAAUGGCAUCAUGUAUGUCUCAAAACACCUUCUUAUUACAGCGCUGUUGAUUGUGUGACAUGGUUCCCUCAGUGUUUGUAUGUCUAUGAGGGUGUAUACAUCACUGUACUAAGUACACUAUUGUAUUACUGUAGAUGUGCAGUACAUGCUGUAUUAACUGAUCCUGUCUGUCAGAAGUAGCCAACCACUGGACAGGGAAGGCUGGCCUUAUAGUGACUGACAGCCUCCUCAGCUAAUGAACCAUCAGAAGCUGAGGGCCUUUGCAGGAAGUAUUGUAUGUCCUGCCUAUGCAUCCAGUGACUGACCCUAAUGACUAUCAGGGGAUCAGAGAGGUGCUGACUUGGCUACCUAGUUUACUAACAUUGCAUCACAUUGAAGCUGUACAAAACAAGCUUGUGUAUGCAUUUUAGUUACUUUGGAUUUUAACCUAUUAAAAGUUACCUAUGAGCUGCUUUAUAUACACCAGUCUUUACCUUUGGCCAUGAGCUACUGAUCCAUCUAUGUCCACCAAGCUAUGGUUACAUUUGUAACUCUCCAUCUCAAUAAUUAUGUUCACAUGUAUAUAAGAUGUUUUUAGAAUAUUUUUGAGUUGAAUCAGGCUAUCCAUGAAUUAACCUGUUGAUUUAGCUCAACUGCUGGAACUUCCAAUGAGAGAAGGUCACUUUGUCCUUCCUGUGUCACACCAAUGGAAUUCCCCUGGAUGAAUGAUACAAUCAUUGCACACAACUAUGUCUCAUUUUCUAUUUCCUUUCAUUUAUGAUAUGGGUCCUUGCAAUUGGAGACAAUGUUCAUGACACAAAAUAAAUUUGUUUGAAUUCAGUGUUCUGUAUUUGAAUGUGGAUUGAGAUGUUGGUGAAUUUUUGGAGAACGCUUGAAGCACACAGUAUCUCAAAACUGUGUUCGUCACCAUGUAACAUGCAAAUAAAAUAAUAUAUGUAUUGUAA